ACGAAUCAACAGAACCUCAUCAUCCAGUCCGCCAACUAUAACUAUGACAGAAGAUACUACCAGUGCCGGACCGGAACCAGCGAUCUCAGCGAACCCGUAACACUGAACGUCAAUAGAAAGGAUAUCGUACUGCAGAGACCUACCUCCAUAUACGAGGGAGACCCCCUGACCCUCAGAUGUCGGAGCAGAUCCUCAUUCAAAGUGAUCAACACCACGUUUUACAAGGAUGACAAGAAGAUCAAAUUUUCCACCUCCGACACGGAGCUCCAUAUCCAUAAAGUGGACAGAAGAGUCACCGGGACAUACAAAUGUGUUCAACGACUACAGUCA